GGAAGGAGACGGGACUCGAGGCCCGAGGAGGGCGGCUGUGGGGCUUCCGGCCUAGCGCUCGCCUCUCCGCGCCUUCCCCGCCCGCGUUUCCUUCAGCGCCGCCGCCGGGGAGGCCCCGCCGAAGCCGUGAGUGGGAGACGCGACCAGGGAGGAAGGGAGAGCCAGACAGAAAGGGGGGCGCUCAGGCUGCAGCCCUGAAACCCGAUGUGAAAAGAAGCUGCUGUAUUUCUUCAGUCAAACGCUUCUUUGCCUGAUUAAAGGAACAAAUUACUGAGAAACUUUCUCGAGAAGCAGGCAAGAGUAGCUGAAUACAUUUGAAAGGCAAAUUUGAAGUGGUUGUAACAGACGGCGUGCUAGUAGCAGCAGCCUGAUGUGAUGAAAUAAGGACUUUCGCUUGGAUUAAAAGAUGAUCCCUGUGUUUGAAUGGACUUCUGGAACGUUUGUAUGAAGCUGUAGAAAUUUGUUCGUUUUCCUACUGAUAAUGAUAAGCAGACAAUGGAAAUGGGGUUGAUUUUGUAAUGGAGUGCUUCAAAGUACAGCUCUAGGCACUCUUGCGGUGUGGUCUUUGUGAAAAUGUACUAAGCUGCGUGCCCUCGGAAGGCACCCAUGGAGAAAAUGGCUAGAGUGACCACCGCCCUUGGCGGCAACACCAUCACGGGGCGCACCAUGUUCUGCCACUUGGACGCCCCCGCCAACGCCAUCAGCGUGUGUCGUGACGCAGCCCAGGUGGUAGUAGCUGGGCGCAACAUCUUUAAGAUCUACUCCAUAGAAGAAGACCAGUUUGUGGAGAAACUGAACUUGCGGGUGGGCCGCAAGCCUUCCCUGAACUUCAGCUGCGCGGAUGUGGUGUGGCACCAGAUGGAUGAGAACUUGCUGGCCACGGCGGCCACCAACGGCGUAGUCGUGACCUGGAACCUUGGCAAGCCGUCCCGCAAUAAACAGGACCAGCUUUUCACUGAGCACAAGCGGACCGUUAACAAGGUGUGCUUCCACCCUACUGAAGUGUAUAUGCUUCUCAGCGGGUCCCAGGAUGGCUACAUGAAAUGCUUCGACCUGCGCAAGAAGGAUUCCGUGAGCACUUUCUCAGGUCAGUCGGAGAGUGUGCGUGACGUCCAGUUUAGCAUCCGCGAUUACUUCACGUUUGCAGCGACCUUUGAGAACGGAAAUGUUCAGCUCUGGGACAUCCGGCGGCCCGAUCGCUACGAGAGGAUGUUCACGGCCCACAAUGGGCCUGUUUUCUGUUGCGACUGGCAUCCAGAAGACAGGGGCUGGUUGGCAACGGGGGGCCGGGACAAGAUGGUGAAGGUCUGGGACAUGAACACCACCCGGGCCAAAGAGAUCUACUGCGUGCAGACGAUCGCUUCGGUAGCCCGGGUCAAGUGGCGGCCCGAAUGCAAGCACCACAUCGCCACGUGCUCCAUGAUGGUGGACCACAACAUCUACGUGUGGGACGUCCGCCGCCCCUUCAUCCCCUCCGCCAUGUUUGAGGAGCACAAAGACGUCACCACGGGCAUUGUGUGGCGUCACCUCCACGACCCCUACUUCCUCCUGUCCGGCUCCAAGGACAGCACCCUCUACCAGCACAUCUUCAAGGAUGCCAGUCAACCGAUCGACAGGGCUAACCCCGAGGGGCUUUGCUACAGCCUCUUCGGGGACCUGGCUUUCGCCGCCAAGGAGAGCUUGAUCUCCUCCGACUCGAACCGCAAGCCCUACGUCGGCGAUAGGCGCCACCCGAUCUUCUUCAAGCGCAAGCUGGACCCGACGGAGCAGUUUGAGUACAUCUCCUCCUCCAGUGCCCUGAGCGUCUUCGAAGCAGACACGGAAUGCGAUGCCGGGAGCAUGGACUGGUUCGUGCGCACCGCCAAGCAGUAUGCGCUGGCGGGGAAACCGCUGGCGGAGCUGUGUGACCAUAAUGCCAAGGUGGCCAAAGAACUUGGGCGGAACCAGGUGGCCCAGACGUGGACGAUGCUUCGGAUUAUUUACUCCAGCCCUGGCACCGUGCCCUCUGCGAAUUUAAACCACAGCCUAGGGAAGAGCAGCUCUAACCUCCCACUCAUGAACAGCUUUAACUUGAAGGACAUUCCUUCUGGGAUCGGCAGCGAGUCGAGGCUGGAGCGGAGCAAAGGGGAGAGCCGUCCUGAAAACAUCCUCAUGGAUUCUUCCUCCACUCUGAUCAACAACGAUGAGAAUGAGGAAACGGAAGGCAGUGAUGUCCCUGCAGAUUAUCUUCUGGGGGAUGUGGAAGGAGAUGAAGAUGACUUGUACAUGAUGGAUCAUGAGAACCCCCAUGAGGAGCAAGAGUACAUCCUUCCCCAGGAAGCCUUCCCUCUGCGACAUGAGAUUGUGGACAACCCUUCAGCCCUGGAUCACCUGCAGGACAAAGCGGACUCCCCCCACGUCAGCGGCAAUGAGGCCGAGACCGUCUCCUUGACGCCGGUAGAAUCCUUCUCCCUCAUCUCCAUCUCUCAUUCGCUGUACGAAAACCGCCUGCCUGGCGACUUCUUUAACCCCAUCGUCCGGGACAUGCUGCUCUUCUACGCUGAACAGGGAGACGUGCAGAUGGCUGCCUCUGUGCUUAUCGUGUUGGGUGACCGUAUUCGGAAGGAGAUCGACGACCAGGCACAGGAACAUUGGUACACUUCCUACAUCGACCUGCUGCAGCGCUUCCAGCUGUGGAACAUCUCCAACGAGGUGAUCAAACUGAGUACGUGCAGAGCCAUCAACUGCCUCAACCAGGCAUCCACCACCCUGCACAUCAACUGCAGCAACUGCAAGCGGCCCAUGAGCAACAAGGGCUGGAUCUGCGACAGGUGCCGGCAGUGCGCCAGCAUGUGCGCUGUGUGCCACCACGUGGUGAAGGGCCUGUUCGUGUGGUGCCAGGGCUGCAGUCACGGCGGGCAUCUCCAACACAUCAUGAAAUGGCUCGAGACCAGCUCCCACUGUCCCGCAGGGUGCGGCCAUCUCUGCGAGUACACCUGAACCUGAAAAGGGCACGCACAGCAGCAAAACCGGGCGCUUUAUAAACCCGGACGGGACUGGCCAAUGAGAGCCCACGUUUGUGAGAGGUGUUAAGCCGUGGUUGGCUGUGUUGGCGGACAGGAGAGCUUAAUGGUGCUGAUAACGUGGGGGGGGGGGGGGUGAAGGUGCUGCCUGAAAAGCAGUGGAACUUAACAGUGCUCAGGGAAACGUUUUGUGUGUAUCCCAGUGAGUUUCUGCUAUUUAUUUCUUUUUUUUUUCAGACUGCUGUCUAAAAAGUUAUUAUUUGCGGUCCUGCAAAAAUGUCUUCAUGACAAAGAUGAAACUGGGGGAGGACAGUCUGAACGGCAACCUUGUUUUAAAUCUCUUUUCUCUCUACUGAAAUUAAAAUGUCAAAGCAGAUUUUACUGCUUGGUACUUUUGUAUGGACUUUCUCAAAUCCUUUGCCAUAAAUAUAUUCCCAAACCGUAA